AACCCCGGCUUCCCGUCACCGAGGGCGGCUGCAGCGGAGAGGGGCUCCAUCGGUGUCACGAAUCCGGUUUCCCCCAGCCCUUUGCCGGCAGAGAGGGUGGGGAGGACCGGGGACAGGGUCAGUGGAAGAUUUCCUACAGCUGGACUCUGAGGACACACGAGCCACUUAGACGAGCCAAUGUGAGCUCAGCUGCCGUCCAGCUCUGUCGUCUUGACGUGGCAACUGUCCCUGAACCUCUCACGUCUUCUCUCCAUCAAGUCAGUGUUCAGAGAGAGAGAGAAAGACACCUGCCAUCAGCCAGUUUUCUCCUGUGUUGGUGUAUUCUGAUGGAUCAGCAUGUCUACCACUAAUAAUAUCGCCCAGGCCAGGAAACUGGUGGAACAGCUGAGGAUUGAGGCAGGGAUUGAACGCAUUAAGGUGUCUAAAGCUGCAGCUGACCUGAUGAGUUACUGUGAGCAGCACGCUCGUAGCGACCCUCUGCUGGUUGGGGUUCCCACCUCCGAAAACCCUUUCAAGGACAAGAAACCCUGCAUCAUCCUAUAGCUGAGCUACACACCUUCUGCCCUCAUACACACACACACACGCACACACACACACAAAAUCACACACACACACACACACACACACAAAAUCACACACACACACACACACACACACACACACACAAAAUCACACACUUACACAUGCACACUCUAUCCCCAAAUAUCCCCAUACACAAACACACACCAUCUAGCAUACACACACUAACAUAAAACACAUACUCCCAGAAUAGCCACUCUGGAAAAGCGCCAUACCCUGUAGCCACAGUUAGGGGGCAGGUAUUUUAUGCUCACAGUGGUUGAGAUCAUUAUAUCACUGAGAAAGGUGCUUUGGUAAUCUUCAUAUCCGCUGGUAAAUUAACUACAAGCAUCGGUUUGACUUGAAAAGGGAUUUGGACAUUAAUAAUCAGUAAGAAAGCAGGAUUUUUUUCCUCUUCUUUUGUCAUGAAAUAAGGUGUUGGAUAAAAGAGUGGGAAGCUGCAUGUGGGCAACAGAAAAAGACGGUAGGCGCUCCUGCCAGCCGUGCCAAACACGACCUGGUGUCCCAGUAAAUGCUUUUUUCGUGUGAGGUAGUUUAAAAAAAGUUGAAGAGCUUGCCCUCAAACCUGCCUGUGCUAAAUUAUGGCGGGUUAUUUCGAAGUGAGUGGUUCAGCCUCCGCCUUUUAUCAGGCUAGCAUGUUCCUACCCAAACCUGUAUCAACAAAACCUUCUCGCCUGUGGCCUCAACAUGGCCGUCUGCAGCCUUUGGCCAAACCUCCAGCUGUGCCAACCUGUACGGAAAGUCAUCUCUAGAUGCCGAUCUGCUGUCAACGAUUCCACUGCAGUUCUUUAUGAAUGCUGUUGGUCGAAAUCAAUGUCUAAGCUGACCUCAGAUCUGCAACUAUGAGGGGAACAUAGUGAACUGCUCUAACAGAACUCAAGCUAUUAACCCUGGACGUUUACUGCAUUUUUUCUUAAGAAAUACUUGUUUGUGAAUUCAAUGUAUGUUUUUGAUAUUUUGUUGAAGCAUUACCUAACAGAUAGAUAAUACUGUACCUUUUUUUAAAUUAUUGUUUUGCUUUGAUAUAGGUGUUUCCCCUGGCUGGUCAGGUUUCCCCUCCUGUCUUACGUUAAAAGUUCAUUAAAAGACAGGGGAUCUGGUUGUAAGCCAUGGGGAACGCCUAACCAGAUACCUGCUGGAUCUUUUAAACUAAAGUUUCUACUGUACAUAAAGCCUCCCUGUGCUUUACCCUGAGAGAGGGCGAGGUCUGGAAUUAGUCAGUAAGGCCUGUAAGGCUGGAGGAAAUAUCCUGAACUCAAAAUGUUAACGUGAAAUCCUUCCCUUUCCCACUUUCCCUGGUAUGUGUGAUUCUUUUAAUUGGCAGAUUCUGUUAAAGAAAAGAGAUUACUUGUAUUGAAUAGUGCGAAGAUAUGCAUUUUCUUUGCUUCUACAGAAGGGAUGAAUUAUUCUGGCUUUAUAUCAGAUAAACUAACUAACCUUUACCAGUCUUAAAGUUUCAAUCCCCCUGAAGAAGUAUAAAUGUGAGUUAGUCUGCUCAGCAACUGGAUAGGUCUUUCCUCCUCUCCUCCACAAUACUCCUCCUCUCUGAGAAACCAAACUUGAUUGUAAAAAAAGAUGAAGUGACAAAAAAAAUGAUGAAGUCAAGAGAAACAAACUAAGUGUAAAAACUUUCUUUCAGACAUGUGCAGAAGUGAUAAGUUGAAGAGUAGCUGUUUUGGGUUUGAUUUUUGAGUUUCUUCUUUCUAUGGAGUCCAUGGAACCUGGUCAGUUGAGUAUUGCCCUGUACAGUGUUUGUAAGAUAACAAACCUAAAUGCAGAAUCCCCAUCUGUGGAUGUUGGAUUUUUCUUUUAGUACUACUUAUUCUGUUCUGUCACAGAAUCAUGUCUGUCUUCAUUUCUUUAUUUUUAGGUCAUCCAGGUUUUGGCGGAUAAUGAUAGCGGAGGAUGGUUUUAACCACAGAUACAAAUACAAACGCCUGAUGAGGAUAUAUCAAAAUACAGUAAGAUUGAAAAUUAAAGCCUGACAGGUUUAGGAUCAUAUCCUGUUAGAGGAUGAAUCAACAUCGGACCUCAUUCCAGUGGCAAAAACCAACCUCCUGAUCUAUCAUUUAACACCACCGCAGCCCCCAAGCAUUUAUCAUGUUGUUGGUUUUAAGUGGGUGACAGGCAACUAUAGGACAACACACAUUUUCACAUUACACACACUCUCAUGCAGUUGCAUUUUGGAUUCAGUGGUUGAAUGUUAAAGGACUGUGAAGAGGGUCCCAGAGAGUUGAUUUUGGAUGGUUAAAUGCUGAAAGAGAAGAGCUUUGUGUGAUUAUAUUUACUUUUGAGCAUUUAGGCUUUUGUCAGGACUAAAAGGUACAGUGACAGAGCUGGGUGGAGUCAUUUGCUGAUGGACUGUCAGGGGAGAUGAACCUGCUGCCUCUCUGUUGUCUAAGCACUAGGUCAAUAUGAGCCACCUGCUGCCACUCAGACUUCUGGGAGUCUUUUUAAAUUGGUGAGAGGUGAGCAGUUGUUUGAAUCUCAGUGGAUCUACACUUAUCUUUGUGUUCAGUAGUGCACACAGUUUGAAAGGCAGAGGAUCUGCUGGGGAAAACCUGGUAAACUAACAAUCAAACCACAAUAAAAUAAGGUUUGGAUUUAAUCCUAAAAACAACAAGUUAUCUUAGCUUAGCUUAGCAUAACUCUAACGAUUGGUAGUCCAUGCUUCUUACCAAUUCAUUGUGUGAUGAACAUGUUCUUCUCCACUGUAGAUUCAAGGAAUACCAUAAAAACUAGAAAAUAAACAAGACAAGACAAAUUUAAGCUUUGAGCUUGUAAACAACAAAAAAAUAAACACCCUGUGCCUCAGAUUUCUUUACAAAGUACGGUAUAAGAGUACUGUGUUGCUAUUCAAUUUGCCAAGUGGACCAGCAGAAUCGUAAAAGUUUGCGGUUUUCAUCCGUCUUAUCGCUCGGGCUAUGCCUUACUUCCGUGCCAUAUAGUCACAUGACUUACAAUAAAACUUUAUUGACUAUUAUGAACGUAGCAAAAACAAAAUAAUAAACAUUUUCUUGUCAAACAACCAAAAAAACAAAAUAAACAGUAAACAUGUUAUUUUUUUAUUGCAUGAAAUAAUGAAAACAAAACAUUUGACACUUCUAGCCACCAUGCUAGCUACAACAGAGACAGGAAACAGUUAGCUUGGCUCCGGCUAAAGGUAGCAAGCUUUAACCUUUACAACACUCCAAAAGUUUUAUCAAGUAACAUGAUACAUUUUAUCAGUAAACAGGCAAAAAAAACUUUUUAAAAUGAAUUAGGAGGGGAGCUACUGAGGUCUUGGGGAGCUAAUGUUAAUAUCAUCUGACAAGGCAAGGUCACCAAAUUGCCAUUUUUAUAAUGUGUGCUAAGCUAAUUGUAGCUUUGUCUUGAAUGUACAAACAUAUAAGUGUUCCAUAGUGUGGACUGUUCCCAAAGUACAGAGAGAGAGAGCAGGAGCUGGAAAGAAGGCUGAGGGUGUGUGUGUGCAUAUGUGGGGGUUUUUGGUUGCUUAAAAGGAUGAUUUGGCAGAGCAGGAGGUGGAGAACAGAUAGCAGAGGUGCACGCAUGAGUGUGUAUGUAGGCCUGUGUGUGCAUUGUAGUAGGAGAGACACAGUGAGUAAGAUCACACAGGGCCUCCAGAGCUGUUUCAGAGCGUCACACAGUAGGCUUAUGUUACAGAGCUGAAGCCCUACAAUUCCAGGUCAGGGUGAGUCUGACCAGAGGAGAGGUCAUGGGACACUGUCAGAGUAAGAUCAGCAUGUAUGUCCUCCACUCACUCUUUUAUCAGUCUGUAAAUGAGUAAAGAAGGAUUCUGUCAAAUACUUAAAUUGUACAGUAAGAGUGGGAGCAGCUACUUUUGAUGUGAGGACUAGAAAGUAACAGCAAUGGUCACAAAGCUGACAAAUUCAUUUCUUAAAAUAAUAGUUGUUGUUGUUGUUUCGCUCCAUCUGUGCCUGACUCAGUUGCAUUUAUUAGCUGCAGAUUAUGUUCACCAUUCAUUCAAGCUUUGGAGACCAACAUUAAUUUUUUGGUGUUUCAGAAAAUAUUUUAGGGCUUUUGCUUUUUGCAGACUAUUAUGUGAGAGGACCUUCCAAGCCUGGCUGUGUACAAUGGUAAAAACAAAAGUAACGGCCAGCAUCCCUCAAAGAUCCUGUAAGAUGCUACGUUUUUUUUAAGUAGAUGUGGUUAACAUCCCUAAGUGCUGUAUGUUUUCAAUGUUGUAAAACCACAUAAAACAAGAAUCUUUAUUUUUUGUUACCUUAAAAGAAACUCUACAGAGAUGUUGCUACUGUCCUGAAAGGACAAACCAUACUUUGGCUUUAGUACUUUUGCCUUUCUCAUAACUUUGUGGCUGGUGUAGCCUCUUUUGGAGGACAAGUGGGUCAGUUGUCGAUUGGUUACAUCUACAACCUAAACCCUUUGUGGCCCUAAAUCUUACAAUCAAGCUACUGACUAAUUUAUUUUAAAAUCUCACUGGAGUCUUGUCUCUUUGUUCACUCCAAUUUACAAAUGCUAAGCUGAGUUAAGCUUAGCAUUCAGAUUUAGCUGUUAUUUAGCAAACUGAUGCACAUUCUUAUCAAUUAAUACAUAAAAACUUUUUCUGAAAUGUGAAAUUUUCCAUUGAUACAUUUUUAUCAAGUUUUGAGAAAUGACUGACAAAAGGCUGUAGAUUUGGACUCCUUUGAACACUGACCUUUUCUUUAAAACGAAAAUUAUGGAAUUAGCGCAACAGAUUUUACAUACUUUACUGAGUCCGAAGAACAGUAUCACCAAGGAGUAAAGUAAUUUAUCAUUAAUAUCUGCUCUCCUUGGUACCUGAACUCUUACUAGAUUCAGGAAAAUACUGAUUCAUUGUUGGUCAUUUAAAAAAGUAAAGGCUGCUUCUUUUAACAUAUCUGCAAAGUGCAGCUAAAGUCAAAAAGAGCUACAACUGCAAACAUUCAUAUGACAUGAAACUAGCAUGCAUACUUAUCACUACAGACACACACAUUUGCACACAUGUUGUCCUGGAGAUGCUUCUUUUUAUCAUUCUUGUUUUUUUCAAUCAUUCCAUAGUUGGUUGGGCGACAGUCAGAGACAGCUGGCCUAAAAUUGCAGGUUUGGCUGCCAGUUAAUCUGAUUGGUUGGUUGCUAGUUUGCCUUAUAGUGGCAAAUAUGUGCUGAUGAUGGUCUUUGGGUUAUCAGAUCAACAGAACUAACAGUGUUAAAGUAGGACACAAGGCUUGAAAUGAAAAUUCAUGGGUGUUGUGACAACGCGAGCCCCGUGAAAUAGAUUUGAGUUAUGUGGGGAGAUUUGAGACUCCUCACUGAUGGAAAUCAAACAUGGCUGUAUCGCCUUGGAGCCCUUCCCGAGACUCAUCUUUUGUGUUCUGAUCUCCUGUGUAUGCAUACAGUAUAUGUAUCUUUUUGCCUUGAUUGAUUAUGAAGAAAAUAUAUCUAUUUUUUGUAACUGUUCUCUGAUGUGCCAUAACUCAUGUUUUCUUGCACAUUGUUAAUAUUUUGUGGAUAUUGCUGUUAAAAAGAUGAUAUUGAGAAGUAGAUAACAUUAAUAAAAAGAUGAUAUAAUAACA